AUGCCCGAGCAGGCCGAGGACUACGUCCGACAGGGGAUCGAGUUCCAUGAGAUCGGAGAGAUCUCAAAGGCGACCCAUUACUUCCGAACGGCUGCCGAGAUUGGCGACCCUGUGGGGAUGUUGAUGUACGGGUUGUCGGUCCGACAUGGAUGGGGCUGUACUGCGAAUCGGGUCCUGGCGUUCCAGUAUCUGCAGAAAAGUGCGGAGCAUGCGGUCGGAGACUUGAAUUCGAGGGAUUCGUUCACGAGCUCGGCGGCGAAGGGGGAACUGGUCCUGGCGAUCUAUGAGCUCGGGAUCUGCUUCCGACAUGGGUGGGGUGUGGAUAAGAACAAGAAGACUGCGGCGUAUUACUUUGAGAUUGCGGCCAACUUGGGAGAUCCGGAUGCACAGAACGAUCUGGCAUGGUGCUAUUACCACGGCAUAGGAGUGAAGAAGGACAUGUACAAGUCCGCAAAGUACUAUCGAAUGGCGGCUGCACAGGGAUUGGAGACGAUGGGGAAUUCGUGGAUCUGGAAGGACAAGUAUGGGGGGCCGACGAGUCCGGCACCUCUGGAGAAGCAGCACCAGCAUCAGCACACACUUCGCGCGUAUUGA